UUUGUCGGCGUCACUUUCCAACAAACCUUCCAGUCGGAGGGCGAAAUUCCCCUCCUAUGUAAUUGUCCUCCUAUGUAGGAAGAGGUGAAAUUCAGCCAGCUGUGUGGAAGAAAUCUGAAGGAAAUCCAGGACCUCAGAAUUAACUGACUGAAAUACGCUACACGGGUCAAACCAAGAAUAACAGUGGGAAAGGGUCUUUUAUUUUCUGCAAAAAAUCACAAUGGAGGCAGAAGAACAGCAGCCAUGGAAAACAGACUUUUACUUGGAAUUGCCCAAAGUGGAACUUCAUGCCCACUUGAAUGGAUCCAUUAGUUCUAAUACCAUGAAGAAAUUAAUAGCCAAGAAGCCAAAUCUUAAAAUCUGUGAUCACAUGACUAUGAUUGACAAGGGAAAAAAAAGAACCUUAGAAGAAUGUUUCCAGAUGUUUCACGUCAUUCAUCAGCUUGCCACUAGCACUGAAGAUAUCCUAAUGAUCACAAAGGAUGUCAUUAAAGAAUUUGCAGACGAUGGUGUCAAGUACCUGGAACUGAGGAGCACACCCAGAGAAGAAAACACUACUGGGAUGACUAAAAAGACUUACGUGGAAUCCAUACUUGAAGGUAUAAAACAGUCCAAACAAGAAAACUUAGACAUUGAUGUUAGGUAUUUGAUGGCAAUUGACAGACGAGGUGGCCCUUUGGUAGCCAAGGAGACCGUUAAGCUUGCUGAAGAGUUCUUCCUUUCUACUGAGGAUACAGUUCUUGGCCUUGACCUCAGUGGAGACCCUACUAUAGGACAAGCAAAAGACUUCUUGGAACCUCUUUCAGAAGCUAAAAAAUCAGGUCUGAAGCUGGCAUUGCAUCUUUCAGAGAUUCCAAAUCAAAAGAAGGAAACACAGAUGUUCCUGGAUCUGCUUCCUGACAGAAUUGGGCACGGAACAUUUCUGAACUCUUCCGAGGGAGGAUCCCCGGAGCUGGUAGACUUAGUGAGGCAACACAAGAUUCCACUGGAACUCUGUUUGACCUCCAACAUCAAAAGUCAGACAGUUCCAUCUUAUGGCCAGCAUCACUUUGGAUUUUGGUAUAGCAUUGCUCAUCCUUCUGUGAUCUGUACCGAUGAUAAGGGUGUUUUUGCAACAUAUCUUUCUCAAGAGUAUCAGCUGGCAGCUGAGACAUUUAAUUUGACCCAGUCUCAGGUGUGGGAUCUGUCUUAUGAGUCCAUCAACUACAUCUUUGCUUCUGACAACACCAGAUCUGAUCUGAGGAACAAGUGGAAUCGCCUGAAGCCCAAACUGAUGGACUUCUGAGCUGUAAUGAGGUGAAAUACUCCUGAGUAUAUGUUGCGACAGAGAUCCUCUUGCUACCCACUCAGUAAGCUGUCCACUGCUUCCUGGGAAGCAUAGCAGCCAAGAAUGUGGGCCUAGAUGUCAGUACCUCACACAUGUCUCAGCAAAUACGCUACAGAUGCCAGGCAGGCCCUGGAGUCUUAAACGUAGCUUCCCUCCAUGUUGCUUACUGGAAGGAACUGGAGUUCCCCAUUCCACCAGUGGUUGUUUUGUUUUACGUAGCAGUCCCUCUCCACUGAUGAUCAUGAAACUUCAGGGAAGUCAAAGUAACUUCUUAUCAAAAGAAGUGUUAGAAUUACUAGUUUAAGGUAAAGGGAAACACAGAUGGUUAACAAGACCUCUAAUACUCCUAGCUUUUAAUAAUAGCUCUGUACUUUGUUGUACUUAUUCCAGUCUCUCACUUCACUUGUUUUAUUUCCCAAGAUAACUGAUGACAGGCCAUACUGUAUACUGGAUCUGCAUGGACAUCUAGGAGUUAGGGUAACUAGUGACAUGUAACACUGGCUGCUGGACACUGGUUUUGCUCUUCUCUCAAGGGUCUUUAUCAGUACUUGAAAGGGAUUAAAGUCAUUGUUCCAGUUUAGAAAUCAAAGGUGUGAGAGAAUAAAUGGCUAAGAGGUAAGAAAGAUAGGACCCAUUAGAACUUUCUUUAAAAAAAAAAACAAAAAACAAUAAUCUACUACUUUAGCUUUUUUUUUUUUUUUUUUUUUGUGGAAGCUGACAGGAUUUAUUCUCUAAUUCCAAAAGAUUCUUCUAGUAGUAGUAACAGCAUGUUGGUUACUAGGGUUCUUUGAGUCUCCUCUGUACCCUCAUCUUUAUAUGGUGGACUACUGGCACAAACUUCAUAAACUCACACACAUACACAUCAUGUUCUACUUGAGUUGAAGACCAGGGACAAGAUUUAAAAAUCUCUUCUGAAUUUUUUUAAAUAGCAAGGUACACUUAAAUUGCUUUGCUGCUUAGAUUGUAUAUUUUUCUUAUCAUUAAAAAAAAGUCUGAUGACAUUUCUAAUUUCAGUUA